CUUACUUGCCAAUUGGGACUAUAGAAAGCUUAGAGCAGAUUUAUCACAAACUUCUAGUUUGAGAGAUAUGAAAACUAUCAAGAGCCUGAAAAAGAAGAACCUGGAUCUGAUGAAAGACCCCGACCAAAUGUGGGAAUUGAGAAUGAAAUUUCUUGAGAGGAUCAAGCAUUACUAUGGAGUUCCUUAUGGCAGGAAGUACCACGGCCCAGACAGUCCUGAUUACAAUGCUCCUUUGUACUUGGACUGCUGCGGUCUCGUCCGUCAAGUCCUCCUAGACAUGAAGGAAGACUUCGGCUUCAGGGUUGGACGAUGGAACCAAGCUUACCAGUGCGACACAUUGCCCAUCACAGUGCACAGGGAGGAGGACAUGAAACCUGGUGACCUCGUCUUCGUAUCUGCCAUCUUCUACAACCCGAAACUGAAAGCUCAGUUGCACAACUUGGUUCAUGUGGAAGUAUGGGCAGGCGAGGGCAGCAAAUCGAUCGGAGCACGCUGGCAGAAGGGACACGUUCAGCUCUUUGACUCCUACAUGUUUGAAGCCAAGAGCUACCACAGUAUGGUGUAUCACUUUAAAUCCAUUGAUACAUGGCUGCAGGGUGUUUGUAAAAGCCACUGCCCGGAGCAUCCAUGGAGGGUCACUACUUACGAACCGGGGCAGAAGUCCAUCUUUUCCCUCCAGGGUGAACCUGACGAGGGUCAGGCAGCUCAAGACGCUGCAUCGGACACAGAGGAAGAGGACGAUGGAGAUCACGACGAUGUGAAUAACAACACUGUGGAGGAGAGUAACACCAAGAAGAUGAGCCAACCCGAUGUUGGAGUCCCAGAGGCGGAUGUCCCCUCUCAAGUGGAUCCCGGAACGAGUCCAGAAGAUGAGGAGAUGAAGAGUGGAAACCUUUCUUUAUGUUUUGAAGAAGACAGCAGCGGAGUGGGAUCCUUGAAACGGGAAACUGCCAAUGGCUGCCGGGACAUUGACGGUUGUCAUGACGACUCAGCUGAACCUCAGGAUGGGAACGAGGGAAAGAGGAAAGGCUCGACAGUAAAAGACAAAACGCAAAGGGGUUUCAAGUCGUCCGCUGACCGACCAUCUCCGCAGAAAAGCUGCCGAGAGAAAGGCCAGGAUAAAGAUGAGACGCCCGACUCGUCAGGACCCAAGAGUGGAACCACACCAAGAGCUAGUAGUUCCAGGGAGACUGGGCCUGCUUUUUACAUCGGAGGAGCAAACGGAGUAGCCCUUGUGGAGGAGCCACUUGUGGCGAAAGGUUGGCAUCGAAUCCACGACCGGACGAGUACGAACUUCAAGCUGAAAUGGGUAGAACUAAAAUCUCACAUCCACUAUCAUUCCUUCAAACCAGGAGAGCAGCUUGUCAACCGCAUCCCUAACACUGGUUCCUUAGCAACCAAGGUGGGUUUGCAGGAGACACUACGAGAGUAUGAACGAGUCAGCCAGAGGAUGCAGAGAGGCAAGAGCAGCCGCAUCUUGAAGAUGGAGAAUUUCUACCCGGAGUCUUUCGUCCUUGACAACAAGGCGGACAGGGAGGCCUUCUUUCAGACUCACAAAGAGGGCGACACAUGGAUCAGCAAGCCAAACAGCAUGAACCAAGGCAAAGGUAUCUACCUCGUGAAGGACAUUACGGGUAUUCAACAGAAAUAUCAGCAGCAAGAGGAGAGCGGAACGACACCAGGUCUCCGUAAAGGCAGUCAGUCCAGACUCAUCCAAAGAUACAUACCAAAUCCACUUCUCUUGGAAGGUAAGAAGUUUGAUGUACGAGCUUACCUACUCAUUGCCUGCACGACACCCUAUGUGGUCUUCUACCAUCCUGGCUACCUUCGUCUGUCAUGUGAUUCCUAUGAUCCAAUCAGUGACGACUUGAGUCUUCACUUGACCAAUCAGUAUGUGCAGAAGAAGAACCCAGGCUAUCAAGAUAUGAAGGAAGACACUGUAUGGAGUAUGGAUAGAUUCAAUGAUCACGUUAACUCUCUGGCAAAGGAGAAAGGACUCCCAAGAGACUGGGUCCAUAACCAGUUUACGAAGAGAAUGACACAGAUUAUGACCCAUUGUUUCAAUGCGGUUAAAAACAAGCUGCAAUGCAAGCUGGGAUAUUUCGACCUUCUCGGGUUUGACUUCCUGCUGGACGAAGAAAUGAAGGUGUGGUUGCUUGAGGUAAACGUCAACCCAGCGUUGCACACAAACUGUGAGACAUUACGGAACCAGUUACCACCCCUAGUUCAGGAAGUUCUUGAUGUUGUUCUUGAGAUUUUUGACAAGUGUCGUCACAGUCGUCCCAUCAUGCCUCUGUUGUCACAAAGAAGGCUCACUCUGCUCUACAACGAGGGGUCUUCAGCUCCCGCCACCCACCACAUGUCGCAUUCAACGUCUCCGCCGCGCCAACCCGGCAGCCCGACACGGAAUACAAGCCCAACCCGUGGAGGUAGAGCACGCUCCACUUCCCCCGCGAAGCGACGAAUGACGUCCAUGACAGCACUUAGGAAAAACAUUACCAAAAUGAGCGUUAAAGAUACCUCUGAUAGUCCAGGGAAUGAUAACACAGGCUGAGUUUCUUAUAAGACAAGACCAUAGAGUUUGGCCGAGUCCUUCCUUCCUUCCUGCCUUUCUUCUUUGGUUCGUUCAUUCGAUCAAUUGUUCUUUCAUUCGUUUGAUCGCUCGUUCGUUCCUGCAAUCGUUGGUUCGUUGGUUCGUUCGUUCGUUCGUUCGU